AUGAAAGCUAUUAACUGGAAUUGCAGGGGUUUGUGGAGCCCUCGUGCAGUUCGAGGCCUUGCGAGGCUUCUUAAGUUAGAAAAUCCCCAGCUUGUCUUCUUGAUGGAGACACGUCUUAAAAAGGAUGAGUUAAUUAAAUUGAAGCAGAGAUUCAAGUUCAAGUGUGAUCUUACAGUAGACUGCAGUGGUACUGGUAGAAAUAGAGCAGGAGGUUUAUGUCUAUGGUGGAAUGAGGAUUUAGACAUUGACAUUACAUCCUAUUCUCCCAACCAUAUUGCUGGAAAUUGCAAACAGGACGAUGAGGAUGAGACAUGGUCGUUUGCCAGCAUCUAUGGGUACCCUGAUGAAGCAAGGAAGAAGGAAAUGUGGGGUUUGAUUCAAGAAUUACGAGAGGAGGGGUGUAACAAAAUGAUUUUCUUUGGUGACUUGAAUGACAUCGUGGCUGAAGCUGACAAGGUGGGAGGCACAAGCAGAUCUGUCUCUCAACUGCAAUGGGGCAGGAAUACUAUGGAGAUUUGUGGCCUUCAAGAAUCCUUCCCUCUCACGAGAGUUGUUCAAUUGGAACUAUUUUGCUCAGAUCAUGCUGCAAUUCAGAUCAUUAUUCAAAGAGAAACUCUGUAUGAGAAAAAAAGUUAUUUGUUCCGGUUUGAGGAAGCUUGGUCCAAGGAGUCCAAAUGUGGGGAGGUGAUUCAUCGGUUGUGGCAUAGGCAUUCGAGGUCGAUUCAUCAUCGGAUUAGAGCAAUGCAAGAGCUUCAGCAUGAGUUCGAGAGCAUGAGAACCAAUACCAUUCGUAAGGAAAUCUUAAGGUUGGAGAAGCUUAUAAAGGAAGACAAGAGAUGGUCGGGAGAUUCGAGGGAAAUUCAACAAUUUAAAGCAAUAGAGAGGCAAAGGGACUGGCUUUUGAAGACGGAGGAGACUCUAUGGAGGCAAAGGAGUCGUGUUGUUUGGCUUAUGGACGACGAUAAGAAUACGAAAUUCUUUCACUGUAAAGCGGAUCAGCGGAGAAAAACAAAACAAAUUAGAAGACUAAAAGACGAGGAAGGCAUCUGGAAGCAAGGUCGAGAAAAUUGCGAGAGGAUCUUGAUUUCCUUCUUCAAGGAUAUUUUCCCUUCUAUCAGCCCCAGCAAUAUCACUCAUACAUGCAGCUUCGCUCGGGGAAGGCUAUCAGAUAGUAAUAAGUUGCUUUGUUCUAGCCAGUUUACCGUCGAGGAGGUUCGCUCCGCAAUUUUUGAAAUGCAUCCCACCAAGUCUCUGGGUCUAGAUGGAUUGCCGGCGCUGUUCAUCAAAAAUUCUGGCCCACUGGAUCCAACAGCCAUUAACAACACUUUCAUUACUCUAAUCCCCAAAAAGAAGAAUCCUUCCACUCCUCGUGACUUCCGGCCGAUUAACGACAGUUUGCAUUUUACGAGAGCUAGUGAAGUGGAAGCUUCCCAUAUUCAACAGAUUUUGAAGGCGUAUGAGCAGGCGUCAGGACAAAGCAUUAAUGGCGAUACAUCUGAAGUAUCUUUAAGAAGCAAUGUGACUGAAGGAGCAAAGGAGAAAAUAAAAGAUAUUCUGAAUUUUCAGGGAGUUAACCAUCAUUCUAGAUACUUGGGACUACCUGUGGUUUUUGGGAUAUCAAAGAAGGAGGUAUUUAGAUUGGUGGUGGAGCGAGUAUGGAAAAAAAUGAAAGGCUGGAAGGAGAAAUUUCUAUCUAGAGCUGGCAAAGAAGUACUGAUAAAAGUUGUAGCACAAGCGAUCCCCAAUUAUAUUAUGAGUUGCUACCGUCUACCAGAGAGUUGUUGUAAAGAAAUUGAAGCUAUGUUAGCGAAUUUUUGGUGGGGUUCGAAGGAAGGGGAGCGGAAAAUACAUUGGAUGAAGUGGGAAAGAUUGGCUAAGUCCAAAAGGGAUGGUGGUGUCGGUUUUAGAGGUGUUCAUGAUUUUAAUAUCAGUCUUUUGGGCAAGCAAUUUUGGAGACUCCUUCAAACUGAUGAUUCCCUCCUAGAUGGGUUUUUUAAAAGGCGUUAUUUCCCUCGAUGCUCUAUUGUCGAUGCCAUGCCGGGGUUUAAUCCAAGCUAUGCUUGGCGUAGCAUUCUGAGUUCGCGGGAGUUAGUGUUGAAUGGAUCACGUUGGAGAAUUGGAAAUGGUGAGAAGGUGAGAAUAAAUAGUGAUAGAUGGAUUCCUACACGGCCUGGCUUAAAGUUUUCUUCCCCUGAUGUUACUCUCGAUCCAGCAAGCAAGAACUUUUCUUCUUCUCUAAACCUUAAACGUCUUUCUCUUUCUCGUUCUUUAACCAUGGCUGCCAACAUUGCAAACACCACUAUUUAUGAUACAAGUGCCAAUCCUCUAGGAGCCAUUAUCUCUCGUGAAGAAGAAGAGAAAGGGUUGGAUUUCGUCCCUCAACCAAAACUCACGGAGGCUAAAGCCAUUAUCUGGCAGAAUCAGAUGUUAAUUCCUUUUCAAAUCACUAUAAGCUAA